CCUCGCUCUAUCACUAUUAUAUACCCCGAUAUUAUAGCCACGAAGCUUUAUUGUAACUACAGAUCUCCAUACUCGUGGUCAAGGAUCCGCAAACCCUCAGCAAACCUUCAGCAACGCCCCGUCCCCCUACAGGCGUGGUGCUCAUUUGUAUAGCUCCCAUCACAAGGCUACCGAUCACUUUCCAGGAGACUUUCUUCCCCCGCUAGACUGGCUGGCAUGUAGUGCAGUGUUCGCCAUACUGCCAUUUACCAGAACUAUCGAUGAAAGCACCUCCUGAUCAUGCCUGAGCUUCUUUCACGACUUCUGCUUCGCGUUUACCAGGCAGUCUCUUCUUGAGGGGGCCUUGAUUUCCCGAAACAUGAAGGGCGACGAUCCGAGCCCGGUCGACACCUCGACACCUGCGUCACCGACAAGUGUUAGGCAGUAUCCGACUACAAAACGCUAUAGGUCUCUACUAUUGCCUUCUAGCAGUGACCUUGCCGCUGCUAGAAGCGACGCAGAACAGAGAGAUGACGAACACACGCCGCUCCUCAGAGGGGCAAUGAGCACGAAUCACAUGCGUAUAGCAGAUGGGGGUUCUACUCCAAAGCCGCGCCUCUCGAGACACCAUAGUGGAACAGGCAGCCUCCGUCACCAUAGUCGAAGCAACUCUUGGGGCCAACGCCUUCCCCAGGCACUCAAUACCGACCGAAGUACCUCCAAAGCCUUUGACAACGAUCUCAGAAGCUCAGUAACUCUAGAUGACCGAGUCUGGUACGAUCAGUUUACGUCCACCGAUUGGGUCCACGACAAUAUCGCAGACGCAUACCGCGUCAAGGCACUCCGUGCAAGGAAAGAUUUUGCAGGGCGGGUAUGGGCAUUCCUGGACGGCUCGCAGGGUUGGGUUCUGAGUGCCUUGGUUGGGUGUACAACUGCUUUAGUAGCAUAUAUUGUUGAUAUUUCCGAGGCCCCUACCUUUGACUUCAAGGAGGGAUACUGUUGGGACGGUUGGUAUCUAAGUGAGAAGAAAUGCUGCCCUAAUGGGGACCGAUGUGCUGCCUGGCGAACUUGGUCCGAAGUCAUAGAAGUACCCGGGGUCAAUGGGGAAUUGACCGAGUUUGUCAUUUAUGUUCUCCUGAUGAUCGUUUUAGCGUCCUUAUCAUGUCUCCUUACUCUUUCAACGAAGACAGUUGUGCCUUCAACCUACCGAAUCUCAACAUUUGACGAAAAUCUGGCUGCAGUUCCUCAAAGAGAAAAUGAGGAGGGUGGGAGCCCAAAACAAACCAAGGCUGCUGAAUACAGCUCGUCUUCUAUGAUCUAUUACCCAGCUGCUGGAAGUGGUGUUGCAGAGGUCAAGGUGAUUCUCAGCGGCUUCGUUCUGCAUGGUUUCCUUGGUCUUAAAACUCUCAUAACCAAGACAUGCGCUCUUAUUCUCAGUGUGGCAUCCGGGCUGAGCCUGGGGAAAGAGGGACCAUUCGUUCACAUAGCUGCAUGCAUAGGGAACAUUUCUUGCCGCUUGUUUAACAAGUAUGAUUACAACGAUGGGAAAAGGCGCGAGAUCCUGUCUGCGGCUGCGGCUUCUGGUGUUGCCGUUGCGUUCGGAGCGCCAAUUGGUGGCGUGCUGUUCAGUCUAGAAGAGGCUUCGUAUUUCUUCCCGGCGAAAACGUUGUUCAGGACCUUCUUCUGCUGUAUUACGGCGGCGUUGUCUCUGAAGUUUUUGAAUCCAUAUGGAACUGGCAAGAUCGUCAUAUUCGAGGUGAGAUAUCUGACAGAUUGGGAGUUGUUCGAAAUGAUACCCUUCCUAGCAGUUGCUGUGGUUGGUGGCGCCGCAGGUGCUCUGUUCAUCAAAGCGUCAUAUAUCUGGGCGCGCUCCUUCCGCAAGAUAACUCUGGUGAAAGACUAUCCGUUACUAGAGGUGGUCCUCGUGGCUCUUGUAACCGGAUUGAUAAGCUAUUGGAAUAUUUUUACAAAGACUCCUGUGGCGAAGUUAUUGUUCAACCUUGCCAGUCCAUGCAGCCCAAACGACUUGGAUUCGAUGGGUCUGUGCCCGGAAAGCAUGGGAGAUAUCGAUUCCAUUUUGAAGCAACUAUCAAUAGCCUUCGUUAUCAAGAGCUUUCUGACGAUUAUUACAUUUGGCAUUAAAGUUCCCGCUGGUAUCUAUGUUCCUAGUAUGGUUGUAGGCGGCCUCCUUGGAAGGAUAGCUGGCCACCUUGUACAGCGACUAGUGCUCCAAUUCCCACAUGCUGCGAUUUUCGAACAGUGCGCAUCUCAUCCAAACGGCACUUCGUGUAUCACUCCAGGUGUCUACGCGUUGAUAGGAGCCGGUGCCACUAUGUGCGGCGUUACUCGCCUCUCCGUUACGCUUGCCGUUAUUCUUUUUGAGCUCACCGGCAGCCUUGAUUAUGUUCUACCAUUCUCACUGUCGAUUCUCGUUGCCAAGUGGACCGCUGAUGCGGUUGAGCGGCUGAGCAUCUAUGAUCUCCUCACGAAUAUGAAUUCAUAUCCGUUUCUUAAUAACAAGACAAAGCCUGUCUUUACAUCUGAUCUCGCUGAUAUCACCCCUCGCGUGCGAAGGGAGAGAGUCAUUGACAUCUCCUCAUCGCCUCUUAUGUCCGCCAAGUCCUUGCGAGAGAAAAUACGGAUACUUCAUGAGGCUGGAGAACUUGAUGGAGGUCUUCCGAUUAUUAGACAAGACGUUCUAGUUGGGCUGAUCCCAGCGCCGGGUCUUGAAUUCGCCCUGGACAGCCUACCAAACGAAGAGAAUGACUUAUGCCUGAUGGCAGCUGUGAAAUCUUUCGAUGACGACGAAGAUGAAACAGCCGAUCCGACCGAUUUCACUUCAUAUAUUGAUCCGGCUCCUGUGGCACUCGACAUUCGUUCCGAGAUGGACUUGGUGUAUGAAUGCUUUGUCAAGCUUGGACUUCGCUAUAUCUGCAUUCUGCGUGAUGGUCGUUACGCAGGAAUGCUUCACCGCAAGGUGUUUGUAAAGUACGUCAGAGAAUUAGAAGAGAGUGGCCACUGAACAUGUGCCAUUGCUGCUCUCGGUUUAUUGUUGGAUCGCAUUGGGCCCAAUAGGGCGUAAAUGGGGUAUAUAAUAGUCUAAAUUGUGCAUUGGCAAGCCACAGAAUGUCAGCUGGCAUAAUUGCAUCUAUUUAUGUGUAUGCUGAGUUGAUAUUCGGUAUAUAAUAGUUAGGCCAAUAACCCACUGGUUGGGUAUUCCUUU